CUCAUUGCUGUCAAUCAAAAAUAUGGGUUUUUGCUUUGUAGUACAAGAUCCGCCUUUCACGGAAGUCGUGUCUGCAAAAUAGUGGCGCUUUUUUCUGGUUUCGAGCUUUAUGACAUUGCUACAGGUGAAGGUGAAGGUGAAGCUAUACUCGAAGAAGAAAAAAAGAUGGCUCCUCAGGCUGUGGUACAGGCGACACAGGCCUGGCUGCGGUCCUCCUGGCAUGUCCAGGUGCCUUUCGCCUGGCUGGAGGCAUGUGUGGAGUGGCUACAAGAAGAGGCCGGAGGAGCAGGUCGACUAUCGCAACAGCAAAUCAACCAACAGGCGCUUGACCAGUGGCUCUUGACGGACCUGAAGGACUUGGACUACCCUGUUCUCCCCGAUGGCCUCGCUCAAGCCCUGAAGACUGAGCUCAGGGGUACCUUCUGUGUGCAGGUUGACUCAUUGCUGGACAUCAGUCAGCCUGCGUAUGGCCAGCUGCAGAAAUGGAAGGGCACAGACUGCUCCAAUGAUGACGUAUCUGCUGUCACACAGGCCACGCAGAGAUCGUGGGAGGCCAGACCCACGCGCAUGCUCUUACUGCAGGUGACCGAUGGAGUCCAGAGCUUGGAGGCCAUGGAGUAUCAGACAGUCCCUGCACUGAGCACUGCUCUUAGACCCGGCGUCAAGCUGCAGCUGCAAGGGCAGAUGGUUUGCAGACUUGGAGUGAUUCUGCUGGGGCCGUCCAACGUGAAGGUUCUGGGCGGGGAAGUGGAAGAGCUGUCUGAGAGGAACAACCAGGGGAGGUUACUAUGCCGUACCCUGGGACUUCCUGAAGAGCAUCCUCAGGAGCAAGAUGAGGAAGUCAGGGCGGAUGCUCACCAGUCAAACCAAGGUAAUGCUACAAACCAGGAAGGUCUGGACCUGGAACUUGAUGACCAAGAGCUGUUGGCCAGUCUGGAGGCCCAAGAUGAGGAGAUGAUGGCGGAAAGGCUUCCGGUUCGGCCCCCUCACGACAGCGGCUACAGGACACUAAGCCCGAUUUCCACUCAGUCCUCCAGAAGCUCCACUGUCAGGAGUGUCUCAUCCAGAAGUGAGGCCUCUACCCAGCCCAACACGGGUGCAUUCAUUCAUUCCAAAGCCGUCGCCCUAGCAACGAGCAGGAGGACUACGACCCCGUUGACACCGCGGUCUCUGGACCACAUGAGCUUGGCCGACGAGGACUUUGACGACCUGACCCUGGACGAGUUGGACAAUGCGAUCAUUCAGGGGGGCGGCAGAAGUGACAGGCCCAGAACAGAGACAGCGUCCGAAUUUGAGAGCUCCCAUCGUGCAGUCAAGGGAGAAAGUCACGCCCAGAGUGCUGCCGAAGUUGAUAGAAUCGCGCCAAAAAUUCACCCCAUCACUCUGUCCUCGCCGCCAUUUACAUACCUGAACCUGCUGGAGGACACCUUCUCCGCGCCAGACCCAGCCUCCACUAGGAUCCUCGUCAAAGCCUUCAUCGUCACUCUCUUGGGCAAACUGAGCGCCAACAACGGCCUCUGGCGAAUCUGCGCCACUGUGUCCGACGGAAGCGGCUACCUAGACGUGGAGCUCUCAGACCAGGUGCUGACGGGCCUGCUGGGCUUCUCGGUGGCGGAGAAAGGCGCCAUGAGGCGAGACCCCGCCCGCAGGGGCGAGCUGGACGCCGGAAUGAGGCGAUGUCAAGAGGAGCUGGUGGACAUGUGCUGCCUCAUGACCAUCGAGGUGGUCGCCGAGGGCAGCAGGAGAGCGGUGGUGACCCGGGCCGAGCCUGUCAACGAGAGGGUCCAUCGGGGGCUGGAGGCGAGGGUGAGAGACAGGAGGAAAUGAGAAUUGGUGGGGGAGGCUGUAAUGAGAACGAACUCACUGCUGGAUGUGAAAAUGAGAAAAGCCAAAUAUGGCCUUUUACAUCAGCGCAAGCCUUAAAGAUGUUUUUUAAUGAGACUUUUUUUGGUGGGGGGUCUGAUGAUCAAGCUGUCCUUCUGCUUCCAAUCUGGAGGAGACAAUGUGUGAACUUGAAGUCCAUGCUGCAAUGCAGCCAUCUGCUAUAUGUGAAUAUAACAUGCUGUCAUUGAGACCACGCUUCAUUCAUUUAUUCACGCUGAUAUUUUGUGCCCUCCAUCAGAUAUAAAAAAAUGUAGAAUUUGAACUAAAGCCAGGCCAAAAAGAAUUUGCAAUUGUAAAGAGUAUUUUAACCUAUACCAUCUUUGGAGUGGAGAAAACGGAAGGGGGGUUUAUAUUCAGAUUGCAGUAAUGAAUUGGCGGCUUUGCAUUCAUUCAUUACUCUAUUACGUGUGCCUGGAAAAUAAUUGAAUAUCCAAGGGCAGCGCGGGUCUUCAAUAAAGUCGCCCCGGAGGGAAAAUAAGAGGAAAGGGAAACGAGGAAGCAGACAUGAUUUUCGAUUCUUUCUGUUCAUUACACAGCUCCUCUGUGUUUUUGUCCUAAUGGCUUCAUGUGGCACUAAUGUUUACGCUUUGCUAAUAUUAACUGUAUGCAGUUGUUUGAAAAGUCGUCUUUCUUUUCUUGUUUUAAUCUAUUAAAGAUUUGCAUCUCA